AAGCGAACCGACAUUAACAGUGUGUUGUUCACUAUGUAUACAUGCGCUGGUGUUAUGAAACAGUUCUACUGUAUGUUUUAUAAUAAUAACUAAGAAAAAUGAAACUGGCUAUAGUUAUAAUCAACGUCGCCUUGGCUAUCUACUUCCACUAUGCUUGGUCCUUCAACGGCGAGCUGGCCGAAUUGGAGUGUCCCGAUGACUGCGACUGUCACUAUUUCCGGGUCAACUGGGUCACCGAUUGCUCCGACAGCAAUCUGACACAGAUUCCUUAUAAUGAGUUGAGCCCUAACGUAUACGUUUUGGACCUCAACGAUAACUUCAUCAAGGAUGUGGAGCCCUUCCCUCCCGAUUUCAAAGUGAGGAGGUUGCAACUGUCUGUCAACUUGCUAACUGAGUUGAAGAAGCAGUCAUUCGCCGGUUUGCAUUAUUUGAUCGAUGCCGAUUUCUCCUACAACGUGAUCAAGAGGAUCGACAUAGAUGCCUUUGACGACUCUGCUGGUUUGAUAAACUUAGAGCUGCAAGGAAAUCCUUUGGAAGAGGUUGAGGGACCUUUCUUAAUUAUAAAAUCCUUGCUCUAUUUGGACAUCAGUAAUUGCAGCUUGAGAAAUUUAAACGACCAAUUCUUCAACAAUUUAACACAUUUAGCCACCUUGGAUUUAUCAGAGAAUCCUCUUGUUUCUAUAAAUAAUAACGUAUUCGAUCCAUUGAACAGUUUGGAAACUUUGAAGAUGAAUAAUUGUAAUUUAACACAUAUCGCGGAUCAUGCGUUUAGAACUUUAAAAAAUCUAAAAAAUUUAGAGUUGAGUGGGAAUAAUUUCUAUGAGACAAAUUGGGUGGCAGUUUUGCGAAAUUUGGUGCUUCUGGAAUAUGUCGAUUUAAGGAACUCUGGUAUAACAAGUUUGUCAGGUGAUCUCUUUGACAAUAACCAAUAUCUGCGCACACUAAUUUUAGCAGAGAAUAAUCUAGCCGGAUUGAAUGUGGGACAAACUAUAGGGAGCCUUCAGAACCUUGAUACUCUAGACUUAUCUGAUUGCAACUUAACCCUUCCCUUAUCGGAAGAUGCAUUUGCCAAUGCUACAAAAAUAAGGAACCUGUAUUUAUCGGGCAACACGUUGUUCGCCUCUGAUUUACUGUUGGCCCUAUCACCUCUAACAAACUUACACAAACUCUCUUUAAGCAAUUGCGGUCUAAGCCGGUUGCCAGAUACAUUCGAUAAAUUCAAAAGUUUGCAAGAGUUAGACAUAUCUCACAAUCCACUGAACGACGCCUUCGUAAAGCUACUGGCUCCCCUGGAAACUUUGGAAUAUCUAAACAUGGGCUACAGCAACUUAUCCCACCUAGCUCCGGAGUCCUUCUCGAAGAUGACGUCCAUGCGGCGAUUGAUUUUAUCGGGCAACGAUCUCAACAACCUCGAGGCAGGCCUGUUUGGGAAUCUGACCCAUUUGGAAAGUUUGGAGUUAAACUUUUGCGGUCUCCGCCGUCCACUCAACGCGACGUUGUUCUUUAACAAUUUCACCUACACAGACUUAACGGAACUUCAGCUGGCUGGAAACCCGCUUCAUGUUUCCAAAACAGGACCGCUCCUCCCCAAGCAACUUUCCCGACUACAAACUUUAGAUCUCAGCAAUUGCAAUCUAACAUUCCUCCCUCCUAACGCUUUUCAUUGGACGACAAACAUUACCAACCUCAUCCUAGCCGGCAACCACUUUGCGUCGCCGAACGAUUUAAGAUUCCUCGAAGUCUUGCCAAUGCUUGAAGUUCUUGAUUUGAGGUAUAACAAUUUAACAACUUUCUCACCCAAAGAAAUAACUUUGAAUCCCAACGUUGAGAAACUUAAACUCAUUGGCAAUCCUUGGAGAUGCGACUGCUCUGUAGCUAACCUCUGGGAUUGGGCUAAUAUAGAGAAAGGAAACCUAGGAAUUCUAGAGGGCUCAACGCUGACGCAAGAACACGUUUCUGUGGGCAAAACUAAAAAAAAGAAACUUCUCAUUUGCAAUUACGAUACUGGUACCCAACCAUUCACCAUCGUCAUGAACAAAACAGUACCUGGUCGUAGACCUUUCAUUAAUCCACAGCGCACAUUGACAGCAACCAACCGUACGUGGGCCAAAUACGUUCGUGAGUCUGGUUGUGAGCCGCAGCCAAACUUGCAAAGAGUCGCUAGAUCUGCUGAUGGAUAUGUCAACGUUAUUAGCGAAGACGGUGUUAAGAUGAGGUAUGCAAGACAUGGUCCCAAUACUUGGUCCGCCGCAGCUAUAAAUGCAAUUGUAGUCUACGCGGCCCUUAUGGCUAUUAUAGGCGUAGCCUUUCUGCUAACUAAGAAAAAACGUAGUAUAAGAAUGACAGUUACUACGGAUAAAACCAACUAGGUAUGUUACAUAUUUUUUAUAUUAAAUUAGUAUUAUUUUUUAUUCGAUUUUGUGAUACUUUCUUUUUGCUUAAAUACGCCUUUGUGUAAUGUCACUAUUUUUUUACAUUCUUUUGUAUUUGUACUGCAUUUUUCUGUCUCUAUUGUUUCCAUACCUCCACGUAAAUAUUUGAUCUGAUUUUAAAUAUACUUGAUAUUUGAGAUACUUAAAGAAUGACUGAGAUUUUAAUUUGUCACAAUUUUUUUCAGUAUAUACAAAUUUUUUUAAUAAUUACCAGUUCAUUUAUAAUAAACUUUUGUUUUUUCUGUUUCUCACAGAAAUCUAAAAUAAUUUUGAAAAGUUGCAAUAUAUGUUACUAAGCUGUCAUAGACAAAAAUUUCGUUUAAUAAAUAGCACAAAUAAGUAAUUCACUAUAAAAGACUUUAAUCUACCUCUCAGUAUAUAAUUUUUGGAGAUAAUUCUCAUUUAAAAAGAACCUGUUCAAAUCUUUGCUUAUUCGAAAACUUGUGUAGCUAUUGGCAAUUAUUUAAUUUUCGUUGUUAGUCAUUACAACAAAAACCCAAUAGAGUUAAACUACUAUUAAGUUAAAAAAGACUGUAUUUGUUAUGUAUGUAUUGUAAACUAGUUGUGGUUGGAAUUUUUUACCGCCAAAUAUAUCUGUAUACCUAUUACUACUACAUUUUUAAUGACUGUUUUACAACUACAAUCUAUUCAUGAAGAAAUUGCAAUACACCAUAAUCUAGAAUGUGUUUCAACUUUCCUCAGUUUUUGAGUGAAUUUCAAUAAGCAGUGGGGUUAAGUAUUCGUCUAUAUAAAAAAUGGGACUACCUAUAGGUAGUACCAUAUAAUAAAUCUGACCUCGCCAAAUUAGCUUUUAACUAAUUGUAAGUCAAUGACUUUAUUAAUAAAGAACUGCGUGUUUAAUCGUGAAUAAAUUGUCAAUGUAAAACAGUCACAUCAGAGUAGUUAAAUAGUUGUAAUUUAUCUACAUUAUUUUAAUAUGAAUAAAGUGUUGAAUACUUUUUUAUUUAUAUAGUAUAAUUAAUACGCGUAGGACACCCACUUUCUAUCAUAAUAUUUGCACCUGUAUACAUGAGGGUUAGUCAUUUGAACCCUCAGCUAGGUACGGUCUCGAGUUUGCAUCGAUUUGAAAAAAAAAUCGAUGCAUUACUUUUGAGCGACACUGUACGUGUACGUGACCAAUGUAAUCAGAUAUCUUAUUAUAUACCUAAUAUACGGUGCAAGGCACCCUAAACAUAGAAAUAAAACUGUCAAUUUGUUUAAAAGCAAUAAAAAUUUAUAUAACUGUAA